CGCAGUCAGUGCACUGCACCGUGGCGUCUGUGAAGUUGUGCACGGGAUACACCCGUUUGGCUUUAACACAAGAAACGCAACCUGUAGCUUCGAUUGUCUUUAGAUCUACAUGUAGGAGUUUAAUGGUCCGGUCAAGGCUACAUUGUCUGUCUUCAAAUUCGCCAUGGCGUCUAAGUUCCAAACAAAGGAGGAUAAGGACAAGCAGCUUCGUACAAGAAAAGGCCAUGACAUGACAUGGUCAUGUGACAAGCAUGGUGAGCCAAUCACAUUUUUCUGUAAACAACACAAAAUUCCUAUCUGUCAUAAAUGUGCGACCAAAGUUCACCAGAAACCAUGUGAGCUAGACGACAUCGAGGAUGUCAUCUUUGAAAGGCGAGGAAAUCUGGAGGAGAAACAGCCCUUGAUAGAGGAAACGAAAUUACUACUUCAGAAGGUCGAAUCUAAAAUAAAUGCCGUUUCUUCUUCUUCCAGUAAGCAUCUUCAGACAGUCAACGAUAAACUACAAGAGACAUUCGAAGACAAGUUAAAGAAUGUGAAAGAAAGAGAAGUAAACUUGAUUAGGGUGAUUAACGAGGAGGCGGAUGAAGAAAUACGGAAAAUAAAUGAGAAGAGAGAAAAACGCAUCAAGGAUUGCAACAUCGAUAUCGAAAAGGAACAAACUACCAUCAAAGAGAGAGAAGCAAGACUUUUAUCAGAUACAAAGACAAUCAGUGACGAAGUUACUAAGAAGAUUAACGAUCUUACUAGUAAGAAUCAGCAUGCGCUAAACACUAUGAAGAAUAUUGAAUCAACCAUCACACGUAUAAACCAACAAGAUGAAACAUUGGUGAAUGAAGCUCCUCAAGUACUAGCAUCUAUUGAGGAAAAUUUAAGUUUGAACUUUCAUCAAGAUGUAAGCGGCUGUCUUGACCGAAUACAGAGUGAAGUUGAGAGAGUGAAGUUUGUAGAGGGGGAAGUAGGUGGAGAAUACUGCUGUAGAAUUGAUGGGUAUAUCGGUAAAUGGGAACUUGUCAAGUCAAUCCACAUUCCAUCUGGUGUAAAUAAGCCGUGGGUGCGUGGUUUGAUCAGUGAUGAUGAGAUAUGUGUGGAAGACGCAAAGAACCAUGACAUGUAUGUUACAAACAUUAACACUCAACACACACAGAAAGUCAUUGAUGGAGUUAGUAACAUGGGCAUUACGUCAUGUGCCCCCCUAAACAGAAACGUAAUAGUAUGUGGAAAGUGGAGAUGUGAUUGGAAGGGUGACAGGUUGGAUGGAUGUAUCACUCUCUAUGACAGACAAUGGAAGGUGAUUAGAGACAUCAGCAUACCAAGGAAUGGAGGCGGUAAUAGUGUGUAUGUUGAUGUCGACAGGGAUGGGAUGAUCCUCGCUGCUCAGUACGGUCAGUCUAACAUAUACGUCAUAAACCCUGGUGAUGGUAAGAUUGUCAACACUAUUACCAUGCAGGGUAAGAAGGUGCGUGGUGGGAUACAAGGCUUGUCAUCAGGUGAUAUCGUUGUGAAAACAGGGCGUAAUGAAUUCACUGUCAUCUCACGAUCAGGAGAAAAGAAGGCUGUCAUACACUGUGAUGAGUGGAGGGAAUCAGAAUGUCGCGUUGACAAACUGACAGACACAAUCUACAUCACUUACCGAGUCGCGGGUAAAACCUACGCAGUUGAUCAGGUGUCACGUGAUGGUAUCAUCCAGGCAAAGACGAUCGUGGAAUACGUGAGAUCAGAUCGCGUUAUCUACCUCAGCCCUUGUCUUGUUACUCCUUCUGGUAACCUGGUAGGAUUUGAUGGAGACAAGCUUCUUCUUUACAAGAAGACAUUUAUCUUGUAAAUCAUUAAAUCUCAAUAACGAGUGAUGAUUGUUGUGUUUCAAAGGAAAUCAUAGACCUGUCAAAUUAGGCACUUUGAAUGGUGUUUAUUUUUCAAUUGAUCUCCAAAAGAGUAAUAUAGCUAGUGCUUUUUUAUAUCAGUAUAAAUCAGCUGUCACUCUCCAAAUGAUAUUUCAGUUCAAUGAAUGCCCAAGAUCUUAAAUGUCAUAGUUUUCCCGUAAACUGAAUAUAUCUGUUAACCCGUUGUCUACUAGGCUAUAUACAGAAUUCACUAGCUGAGGUGUUUAGAAUUUGAAUGUUUUAAACUGUUUGAAACAUAAAUGCUUUCUUGUUAAAGGGGUAGCCCUCCAUGAAGAAAGGAUUGGUGCAAAAUUAACAGAAACAAAUUAUUAAAAAAAUAUUGGUGGGUGAAGGUUUGAGGAAAAUGAAUUGGAUUUGUGACGU